AUGUAAAAUAAAUUAUUGGAUAAAGUUUAAGAGGAAAAUGCUAGUAACAAAAUGAGUAAAUUGUUUAAAGGAAGCUAGAAUGAUUAUUAUGUUUCUAUGAAAGAAGAGGAUAGUCAUUAGAUUGAGAUGAAUAAAAUAUAAAGAAAAAAAGUAUUUUUAUCAGGUAGUGAAGAUGAAGAAGAAAGAUUACCAAUACCAAUAAUGAAAUAAGAAGAUAAUAAAUGUAUAAUUAUGUCUAUAAGAUUAGAAAUUUAAGUAUAUUAAUAACCAGAGAUGAGAAAAAGUGACAUUUUAGAUGAAGUACCUUCUUAAGAAAAUAUGGAUGGAUUAAAUGGAAUGGCAUAAUUUGAGUUAUCUUAAAUUAACAUUUAAGCAGGAAAAAAGAAAAAUAAAACUAAGAAAAACAAAUCAAAAAAGAAAAAAGUGAAAUAUUAAGCUUUGCCAUUUAAUUGGAAUACUUAUAAAUUCUUAUUACACUAUCCUUUAUAGCAUUUAAAAUUAACUAUAUUAGUGAAUGUAUUGAUAGUAUUAUCAGCUGUAGCACAAAUGUUAUUACCUUGGAUACUUGGUAGAUUGAUUGAUGCAAUCACUAAAAAUGUUUAAUAAGCACAAAGUUCUGACACAGAUCCAAUAAAUAAUUAAAAUAUUCCAAAUAAUGUUAUUGAUGAAGAAUUACAUACAAAAUUAUCAAAACAAUUUUUAUAUGUUUUAUGUGCUUAUACUCUUUUAUCCUUAGUUAGAGCAUUUGCUAAUUAAAUUUGGUAAGAAUAGAUAUAUAAUGAUAUGAGAGAGGAUGUAUUAAAAUCCUUUUUAACAUUUGAUUUGACAUUUUUUAAUACAUACAGAAAUGGUGAAAUAAUAUCUAGAAUGACAAAUGAUUUAUAAUCAGCUAAAUCAGCUGUCAGUGGAAAUAUUAUUUUACUUAUUAGAAAUUGUUGUUUGACGAUUUUCAAUAUAAUAAUCUUAUUUGCAUUGUCUUGGAAAGUUACAUUAGCAAUUUUAGCACCAAUGCCUUUAUAUACUGUUUUAACAACAAUUCAUACUAGACUUGCAAAGAAGUUUGAAAAAUUAGGUUAAGAAUAUCAAGCAAAAUUAACAACAUUGGCAGAUGAAAUAGUAUCAGGAGUAGUUACAGUAAAGAGUUUUUGUACAGAAUAAUUUGAAAUUAAGAAAUUUCAUAAAUAAUUAGAUUUAAAUAUUAAAUUGGCAUAAAAAAGAGGAAUAAAUAAUGGAUGUUAUUAAGCAUCAAGUGCUUUAUUUACUUAAUUAGGUUCUUUAAUAGUAUUAUGGUAUGGAGGUAAAUUGGCUAUGAAUAAUACAGCAGAAUUAUCAGCAGGGUAUAAUAUUAUAAAUAUAUUUUUUAGUGAUUUAACUACUAUCAUCUUAUAUUCAAUAUAAUUAUCAACAUCUAGUUCUAACAUAAGUGAAUCAUUUGCAAAAAUUGUAAGUGCUACUGGAGCUUUUGAAGGGGUUCUUGAUAUGCUUAAAUGGGAAUCUCUUGUAAAAGAAGCACCUGAUGCUAUAGAUCAUAUUACUCCAACAGGAGAAAUUUAAUUUAAAAAAGUUGUAUUUUCAUAUCCAAACUCUUAAGUUUAAGUGUUGAAAGGAAUUACACUUAAAAUUAAUAAAGGAGAAUAUGUAGCAUUUGUUGGACCUAGUGGUAGUGGAAAAUCAACAAUAAUGCAUUUAUUAGAGAGAUUUUAUGAUCCAUAAUCAGGCUCUAUUUUUUUUGAUGAAAUUAACAUUAAAUAAUUUAAACUUAAAGCUUUGAGAAAAUCAAUAGGAUUGGUUUCUUAAGAUCCAGUAUUAUUUGAAGGAACAAUAGAAUCAAAUAUUAUAUAUGGGACUGAAAAUUAUACAAAAGAUGAUUUUGAAUGGGCAACUAAAGCAGCAGGAGUUUGGUAAUUUGUUUCGGAUAAAUACAAAUUUCCACAUGGAUUUGAUACUUUUGUUGGUGAACAUGGAUAUACAUUAAGUGGAGGUUAAAAAUAAAGAAUAGUAAUUGCCAGAGCUUUAUUAAAAAGACCAAAAAUAUUAAUCUUUGAUGAAGCAACAUCAGCUUUAGAUGCAGAAAGUGAAUUUUAAGUUUAAUCUGCUAUUGAUGAAUUAAUUUAAAAGGGAAGCAAAAAUAUAACUGUUUUAGUAAUAGCUCAUAGAUUGAGUACUAUUGUUAAUUGCAAUAGAAUUAUUGUAUUACAAAAUGGUGUAGUAGCAGAGUAAGGAACACAUUAAGAAUUACUUAAUAAUCCUGAUGGAAUUUAUAGAUAAUUAGUAGAAAGAUAAUUAUCUGGUGUAAUUGAUUCAAAAGAUAAUGAUGGAGAUUCUGAAGCUUAAUGA